AUGGGCUGGGAAGAUGUAGUACGUGUUUUCAAGCGGCUGAAUAAUGUUUUCGAAAAGUAUGAAAAGUUGCCCUCGUUUAUUUUGAAACCAAAACAAGUUCAAUGUUUCGAGUAUUUAGGAGAAGGACACCACGUUAUAGCUGUUUUGCCUACUGGGUUUGGUAAAUCGUUAAUUUAUCAACUUUUACCCAACUUUGUUCCAGAACGAAAGGCAGACAAUAUUGUACUUAUUGUCUCUCCUUUAACAUCAAUUAUUCAAGAUCAGUUAGUAAAUUUAAGUAAAGUAGGCAUUGAAUGUGGUUUCUUACAACUCGAAGACCAAGCUAAUAGCCAGAGAUACGAACCCUUGUUUGAGGAAGAUUUGAAUGAUGCAUCAAAUUCUGUUUUUAAAAUUUCAAAAAGCAUUGUUGCAGGCAAAUGUAAAAUUUUAUUUGCACGUCCAGAGUCACUGUUAUCAGAUCAGGGAAGGAAGAUAUUACGAUCCAAAAUUUAUGAGGAAAAUGUUGUGGCUUGUGUGAUACACGAGGCGCAUUGUGUGGAAUUAUGGGGUGAAGAAUUUCGUACAGAAUUUCAAAACUUAUCAGUUUUACAAGCAUUCUUCCCUCACAGUAUCAUGUUAGCUUUGACUGCAACUGCUUCACCAACGAAAUUACGUAAUUUAAAAAAAGCUUUGAAAAUAGAAAAUUGCAAAGUGGUUACUGCAAAUCCAAAUCGUAAAAGCAUUUUUUUAAAAAAAGAAAUAAGAAUGAGUAAUUGCAAAGGUUUAGCAGGAUAUGAGGAUAUAUUACUACCUAUCGCAACAGAUUAA